AUGGUGCUUGAGUUCCGUGAGAUGCUCAGGCGGCAUGGGGGCAGGGAGAUGACACAGGUGGUUGAGGAGAAUGUUGUGCAGUGGGGGUUGGAGGGGCGUUGUCUUGGUUUCACGACAGACAACGCCUCUAGCAACAUUGCCGCCUUCACGCGGAUGUCGGAGGAGGGUGGUGGUCAGUGCUUCUUCAGCUCGCGCAUGCACUUCCGGUGCUUGGCACACGUGAUAAACCUUGCAGUGCAGGCAGCACUGGCUGUGGAUUCCAUACGGAAGUUGCUGAAGAUACUGAGAGAGAUGGCGUCGUGGAUUGGCUUCUCUCCACAGCGCUCGGGGUCUUUCUUGGGCCUACAGCGGACCUUGAACUCGCAGGCCAACCCCGCCACGCCGAAGCCGGCGUUGAAGCUGGGCCUGUCGAAGACCGACAAGAAGAAGGUGGAGAGUCUGCGCCUGACAGUCGCAGACUGGGAGACCCUGCAGGCGAUGAAGACAUUCCUAAGCCCCUUCGCCAAGGUCUCCAAGGCAGCUGAGGGGGCGGCGUACCCGACUGUGUCGAUGGUGGUGCCGUACUACAACGGCCUGAUCGACGCCAUGGAGUCGCGCCUUGCCAAGGGGCCAUCUCCGACGCUGCAGCCGAUGAUCGCGGCGUGGUUCGACGACGCGCACUGGGAGAAGCUGCAUCCCGAGACCGACAGGAGGGUGAGGCCGCGUCCGGCGUCUGGCGAGGUGAUCAAGCUGGUGCGCGACCGCGUGGCCGAGUACCAGGCCCGGGCUGCAGAGCUUGCUCCACGGCCGACCCCACUUGCCCCCAUUGCGGAGGAGGAGGAGGGAGACGAGGCGGAGGACGACGAUGACGCGCAGUUUCUCCCUAGUCGCCGACGACUUGCGGCGCGUCUGUCGGCGAGCCAGGAGGCGGGGGCGGGUGGGAUGGUGCAGGAUGACGAGGUUAGCAGGUACUUGUCCGAGAGGGUGCGGUGCGACGUGACAGCGCUAGAGUACUGGCGCAGUGCCACCAACAUGCAGACGCUGAGACGCAUGGCCCGGGAUUAUCUCGCCAUCCCUGCCACGUCCGCUUCGAGUGAGCGGGUGUUCUCCCUUGGUCGCAACCUCAUUUCCUGGAAGCGGCACCGCCUGGCCUCUCAGAGGACGCGAGCUGUCAUGAUUCUCAGAUCAUGGUACAGUUCACACCCUGGCCAGAGGAUAGGCGAGGGCCGCCAACCGAGAGGCGUCGCACCACCAGAGUUCGCCAUUGAGGGCGAGGGGGCAGAGGAGGAUGACGAGGAGGAGGAGGAGGAGGAGGGUGUGGAGGCUAACGACACAGCUGGUGGAGAGGAUGCUGUUGUUGGUAGUAGCAGUGGCGCCUUAGUGUAG